GAAUGUCAUGCAACCUUUCAUUUUAUUGCGAAAUUUCAUUCUCACAGCAUUGCUUGUCCAACACACAACUACGCAAUCGAAAAUUUUGAAAGAAAAAGGCCAAAAACGUCCAAUCAUCCAAGCUGAAAAUUACUGAAAUCAUAAGACGCUGAACGUGUGAAAAAAUAUCACCUUUUAAGCAACAUACGCAAGGAAAUUAAGCCUUUGACAUUGAAGAUUUUGAGGAGAAAGAGGUGAGAGUUCUACUGAAGACAGAUCACAAUUUGUUACUUGAACACAUCGAAAUUGAAGUUGAAACUCCAGAAUGAGCCUACAAGACGUUGUCGACAAUAAGCAAAUGAAAACCGUCAAGCAGAAUCAAAAUCAAGUGGCGGUUGCCGGUGCGAUCGCACCGAAUGGCGAGCCUCAACCGUCGGUCUUCAAAUUGGACGCCGAUUGUUGGGACGAAGUAUUCGAUUGUCUUUCGUUGGAGGAUGUGCACUCGUUUGGUCAAACGUGCAAGGCUUUCCAACACGUCACCGGCACGUAUUUUCAAUGGCAAUACGAGGCAACUACUUUUGGAUUCGGACUCGACGGUUUCGGUUACAGGGGCAAUCGAAUGGUUGGUUUCAGCAAAUUUGCCCGCAAAAUAAACUUAGCUAUACAUUCCGUCGGAGAAUGGCUUCCUUAUGUCGACUUGAACUGCGAAUCAGUUGAGCAUUUGACUUUUGCCUUGGUUGAUUUCAGUCAGAUGGAAACCAAUCUAAUCGAACAUCUGGGUAAUAUUCUAAAAAAAGUCCGAAGUCUGGAGCUACUCGGCUGUGAAUGUGAUCGAGAUAUUCUUGGACCGCUCAUUGAAUCGUGUGCAAAAUUGGAACGAAUGACAUGUUACGGGACACCACCAUCUGGUUGGACAAAUCGCGACUACCCGACACUCCAACACAUGGAUUUGGCUGGAAACGGCUUCUUCGGCACCAAAAAAUUCAGAGAAUUUCUCGCACAUUGUCCAAAUAUCCGAAGCCUUGCGGUUGAUGCAAGAGUUUUCUGGAAAGCUCGACGUUCGAUUCUAAACUUCAACGUUGAACUGGAUGAUUUGGCAAUGGAGAUGGACCCAAAUGUUGAUAUUGACAUCAUUGAUGUGGGUGGGCUUUUGAAAGUUCUUCAUCAACGAGGCUUCUACAAGCGAUUGCAUUUAUAUUCACCCGAAUUGACAUCGCCCGAUCAAUUGACUGCUUUGCCCGGACUCGUUACAUUGUACACUGAAAGCGAAGAAAUCACCGAAAUUCCUGUUUUGCCCAACAUCAAAGAGUUUGGUAUCGUUGACGGCGAUGCACCAGAUAUCGACACAAAUGCAUUGGCCAUUAAAUUUUUGAAUCUUCAGCAUCUUUUCAUCACCAAACCGAGUUUCACUGAAAUCUUGCCGUUCAUUGGUCGAUCGAAAAAAUUAGAAGACAUUGAAAUCGCUGAAUACCAAGGAACAGUUCUCGAUAUCGCUGCACUGAACAAGGAACGCAAAAAAUUGGCGGGAGCACGUAAGGUGAUCAUUUACGUCGGAGAAGAUGUUUAUUUGGCAACGAAAUGGGCAACAACAGAAACAUCGUUAGAAUUGAUUGAACUAAAACGAAAGCAAUCGCGUAAAAUGAUACGCCCGCAUAGCUUCUGGACAGAUUUCCGAACCUUCGAUUGUUGACACAACAAUAUUAACGAUUGGUGUGAACAACUUUGAAAUUGAAUUUUCGAAUCGAAAUUAAGUAAAUUCAAGUUUUUCGAAAAUUCAUCAAAAUCCUUUCAAAACUAACGAAAAUCGCAAAACACUGCUGUAAUUUAGAUCAAUUCUAGUUCGGUAUUAACUCCAUUUUCUUCCAGCAUUCAAUUUUCUAUACGAAAUAUUCGAUUUUUCAAACACGUGUUAGACACAGUUAACAGUUUUAUCAAACAGAUUAAGCAUUUUCCAAAUCCCUUACUAUCUUAAAAUUAAAGACAAAAACUGUACACUGUACAGUUUAUAGUGAACCGAUGAAAAAAAGCCAAUAAACAUUUAAAGUCUAGCAAAUUGUAUUCUUAUUCAAUAUUUUCUUUCGAAUUUAGCGGCGACAAUAUUCAAACGGAAGUUGACAUCAUAUGGACUUUAUAGCUUCCAUCACUUAAAAAACCAAUCCGAUCAUUUUCAAACAAUACAAAGUAAAAUUGUGCAUUGUUUCACGGCCACAUAAAAACCAAGCUUAUCUUUCUAAUCAUAAAACCACUCUCGCUACUUUUCCGCAUACGUCAUUGCCUAUCCAAUUUUUUACAAUAAUUUUUAAAGGGAAAUCGUCGUUUGGUGAAAUAGAUCUUCGAUCACAGCCGCUAUUCACGCGAAUAGCUCGUUAGCAUGUAUUAAGUGCUGAUGAAAAGCAAAUUCACCAUCACUAUUCAGUAUACAAUGUUAGGUUCAUCAUAAAAGUAUUGCCUACUUGAAAUUAUUUCGUAUUUAAUUGAUGAGUCUUUUUAAUCAUCUGCGGAUCGGACAAAAUCAACUCAGAAUCAAACUGAUAAAAAAGUAGAAAAAAUGGCACGCGUCAUGUAAGCAAAGCGAAUUGUUCAUAUAAAUUGAGUUUGUCUCUACAGAGUCAAUCAGUUCCUAUUUAGGUUUGGUUGUGCAUUGCAGAAUCUGCUUCAAGUAUUUUUCUAUUGAUCAAUUCGUUGAAAAAUGAAAUUGUUCAUCGUUGCUGUAUUUGUGAUCGCUUGUGGAACUGUCGUUCUUUGUGAUACCUCUGCUGGGACUGGACAAGUUGGAAACUCAGCUUCUAAUUUACAUAAUUUGCGAACUUUCCUCUUCAAUUUGGGUAUAUUCGUGGCGACGGGAGACGUCACAAGGGUUAUCCCAAUACUGAAGAGCGGCCAGGCUCUAUUAUCGGAACUGAUGCAGAAAAUCAACAGCGGAGAAAUGGGUGAGAGUCUCACGAAAAUGCACACCGACAUCACUCAAUUAAUAGAAAAGUUAUCGUCGGACAAAGGCAGCCUGGAUGAUGUUCGAGCAUUCAUAAAUAAUGCAAAAGACAAAUUGAAGCAACGUUUCGCCAACCGAAUGAAGGGAAUCUCCCAGUAGAAGAAAAAUGAAUCAAUCAAAGAAAUCUUUUAAAACAAUUCAUUUGAAAAAUAAUAAAAUGUUUCUGCAAUACUUUGAAUUCUGUUUUUGUUGUUGAUUUUCCACAAUAAGUUGAUGAUUUAGGUCAUUAGAGAUCUGCAAUAUAAAUAAAAAACGGCGUAUGCAAUGGAAUAGAUGAAGAUCAAAUUUGAUUAUUGAAUGUGCAAAUUUCAUUGAAAUCAACAAAAUUUAUUCAAUUUUCAAGCCAAAGACGAUUAGUAACGAAAAUACAUUCAAAUUUUGGCACGAAAAUGAAAAUCCAGAUUCGAAACCAACUUCAAGCCAUUUAACAUCAAACACCAAAUGUCAACGAAUCGUCAUUCUGUUGCGCAGUUUCAUUCUCAAAACGUCGCUGUUUGUUUAGCACACAAUCAUCUGAGGAUUUCGAAAGAAAAAGGCUGGGACCAUCGAAUCAUCCAAGUUCAAGGUAAACUGAAAGCAAAAGCCGUAGCACCUGUGACCAAAUAUCACUGCUUUGGCAACAUACUCAAGGAAACCAAGCCGUUAGCAUUGAAGGCAUAUUUCUUCAAGUAGGUAUAACCUCACCAUUCGGGUAUAAAAAGUGAAAAUGAAACUACCAACCGUUGGACAAUGCUGUUGCUGCGUCAACUUGAUAACUGGUGGAAAAAUCAUCGGUUGGCUCGGAAUCGUGCAUGGAAUACUUUCAUUGAUUGGCAGUUUUGAACGCCAUGAAAUUUUUUUUCAUGCCAUCGCUAGUCUGGCAAUUUUCGCUUGUUGGCUCUAUGGCAUCGAAAAUUCUCGACCAAGCUAUCUGCUCCUGAAUGUGGUACUAUCGUCGAUUUCUCUUGUGUUUGUUUACAUUGCUGAUGUUAUAUUUUUAUGCGUUGUCGUAUAUGCAGCGGCUUCUGAAAAGCCCAUUGAGAUCGAAGGCGUGCCACUGACUGGCAUGGUCAUCCUCAUGGUCUUCAUGGUCAUUCUCAUUUGUUUGACACCGCUAACUACGUACUUUUGGGUUGUCACUUACUCCGUCUACAAAGCAGUGCAAGAACUUUCUCAAGAAUCGCCAUACAUCGUCUAUCCGGGUUCUGGAGGUGUCUCUCAGGAUGCAUUUAAAAAUUCAGCUUGAUUCGCUACUGACCGAUUUCAUCAUUUCGGAUUUUAUCAUCCACAUUAAUCAAUCUUUUCACAACUAUCAUGCCUACCGGAGAAAUGGAGAAUCGUAUAUGUUGAAUUUUUCGAAAAUAUUUCAACAAUUCAUUAUAUGUUACAAUCGCCACUUCUUAAUAUUUCACGUUAAUUAAACGAGCCAAUGACGAAAGCUGAAGGAUAUGGGACUUCGGUCAAAUCAUUUGUCGAAACACCCCAUUUAAUUUGUGCAGAGGUCACAUAUCCUGUUUAGCUUACGCAAAUUACAAAUGAAAAAUGCAAUUACUCGCUUCUCGAUCAAACGCACGCUAAUGACAGUCAUUAAAAAAUUGUUAGAAAAUUGAAUAUUUGAAAUGUUAAAAACUUCAUUUUUCAUUGUAAUUUGAACGUCUUGUUUGGAGAACGCUACUUCCACGAAAAAAAAAUCUGUGCAAAUGAUUUGAUUACGCGAAUACAUGACUUACUACUUGAAAACACUUGGCCAUAGAAUUCAGAAGAAAAAUUACGAAUAAGGAAACACGUUUUAUACCGCUCUCACAAAGAAUUAGAAGUAAUGUAAUUAGUUAAUUAGAAAUCAUUCAGUAGAAUUUGAAUGUUCAGUUCCACCAUCAUCAAUAUUAUUAAGACAGUUCCAAUUUAGCACUCGGUCAGAAAUGGCUUUCCAACACAGCUCCCAACAAGCAAAUAGUUCUAAAUAAAUAUAGUAUUUCAACA